ACUUGUUCGCGGACUUUGGAGCCAGACAUGGAGCCGCCUGUCGGGCUUCGCGGAGGGUGUUCUCCAGUUGGGUGUGGGCUGGGAAUUGCGACUGCAACCCAGACUUCAACCUGGCAAGGUCAGCAACGACCGCCUCUCCACAGCACCUCCGUUGGUCCCAAGCACAGUCCACAGUGGCUCAGAAACACCCCAUAGGCGGGCACGCCCCACCAGUGCCAUUGAAGCCACCGAUCCACCGAAAUGCAUCCACCCCAGCCAUAUCAACAGGCCUGUAGUAGACGUUUGCUGUCCGAUAAAGGCCAACCCACCGGCGGCAUUCCCAACUUUCCACGAUUUCCCGUCGAAAUAUUCGAUCAUAUCCUCUCAUAUCUUCCGGUGCACUAUGCAAUCGCUUUCAAGAGAGAGGCAGUCAAAAGGAAGCUCCUCUCUUCCCCAGCUUAUGCCUGCCCGAACUUAUGGGGAUCGAACAACCUAGAAGCGUUGCGUUGGCUGUGCAAGUACAGUAUCUCCGGGUGUGUAGAAGCCAGCGCUAUCGAAGUCGCUCUGGACAACGACCAUCUCGAUAUCGCGCAAUGGAUCCACACCAAGUACCCGAACGAACUGAGGCGGGUUGUCACUCAACGUCACCUUGUGCCCUCGUGCGGGCCUAACUUCGAAGCAGAUCCCUACGUGGCACUGGAUAAGGCAGCCGCCGCUGGUCGCCUCGCCAUAGUCCGUUGGCUUCAUGACCACGGGCCGGAAGGGAUGGCCAGUGCAGACGCGAUGGACUGGGCAGCUGCACAGGGACACCUUAACGUGGUGAUAUGGCUUCACGAAAACAGAUUGGAAGGGUGCACGCGGGAAGCAUUGAACCAUGCGGCCGGAAACGGGCAUCUGGCGGUAGCGCAAUGGCUUCACGAAAACAGAUUGGAAGGUUGCAGUGAACAAGCAAUGAACUAUGCUUCUGACAAUGGCCACCUUUCGGUGAUUGAAUGGCUUCACGAUAACCGUUCGGAAGGGUGCACGUACCGGGCGAUGGACUGGGCAGCUAGGUCUGGUCACCUAUCAGUUCUUAAGUGGCUCCACACCCAUGGCAACGAAUGUACGACAUAUGCGAUGAAUUGGGCGGCUGCAAACGGUCACCUCGAAGUAGUCGAAUGGCUCCACACGCAUCGCAAGGAGGGCUGUACAGCAUUGGCCAUGGAUUUGGCUGCUGGCUCAGGUCACCUUGAAGUGGUGAAAUUCUUGCAUUUCCACAGAGCUGAAGGCUGUACCACGCGAGCCAUGGAUAAAGCGGCUGCAGGGGGUCACCUCAACGUGGUCAAGUUCCUGCAUUUCCAUAGAAAGGAGGGAUGCACGAAAGACGCCAUGGACGCCGCGAUUGAGAAGGGGGAUCUAGCAGUUGUUCAGUGGCUGUUCACACAUCGAAAGGAAGGAUAUACCCCAAAGCAAAUCCGAUUGGGCCGCAUCCACGCAAACGUGCCGGAAAUCCUUCAAUGGCUCCACCAACAAACUGCGGAAGAGGACAUGCGUGAAACAUAAGCCUCGUUUGAAGGGCUGCGUACCUGGACGGUGCUGAUUAAAUCUAGAUGGAGCAUUGGUCAUCCAAAUCGGCGAGUAGCACACAAACCCC